AUGCUUGCAAGAUCUAGAAUUAUAUCAUCUCGUUUGUUGAACCGCUCAAGUGCUGGUGGUGCUGCUGCUUUGAAGAGAACUGCUGGUCUAUCUCUUCGUUAUAAUUCCACUAUAAGUACAAAAAGUGAUGUCUCAUUGGCAAAUUUCCAAAAAGUUUAUGAUCCUUCUAUCUCAACAAAUGCUCAAGAUCGUUUGAAACCUUUGGACAAUUUCCAAAGACGUCAUUUAGGUCCUGGCUAUAAAGAUGUUGAACAUAUGUUAUCAACUUUAGGUUUUAAUGAUUUAAAUGAUUUCGUUGCUAAUACAGUUCCUGAAAAUGUAUUAAUCAAGAGAAAAUUAAAUAUUCAACCAGAACAUGGAUUCACUGAAACUGAAAUGAUUUCUAAUUUAGAAUCAAUUGCCAAAAAGAAUAAAGUUUUCAGAUCUUUUAUUGGUAAAGGUUAUUAUAAUACUAUAACUCCACCAGUUAUUAAGAGAAAUAUCUUGGAAUCACCAGAAUGGUAUACUUCUUAUACCCCAUAUCAACCAGAAGUUUCACAAGGUCGUUUAGAAUCAUUAUUGAAUUUCCAAACUGUUAUCUCAGAUUUAACUGGAUUACCUGUUUCAAAUGCUUCUUUAUUAGAUGAAGGUACUGCAGCUGCUGAAGCAUUAAGUAUUUCUUAUAAUAAUGCAAGAAAGAAAAAAUCAAAAUAUGUUGUUGAUACUGAUAUUCAUCCACAAACUUUAUCAGUUUUGAAAACAAGAGCUUAUCCAUUAAAUAUUGAAAUUGUUCAAUUAGAUUUAACUACACAACAAGGCUUAGAAGAAUUAGAAUCAAUUAAAAGUGAAAUUUUUGGUGCAUUAUUACAAUAUCCAUCCUCAAGUGGUGAUAUCUUAGAUCUAGAUCAUUUACAAAAAAUUUCAGAUGUUGUUCAUUCUUCAAAAGGUUUAUUUGCAGUUGCUUCAGAUUUAUUAGCAUUAACAUUAUUAAAACCACCAUCAUCAUUUGGUGCUGAUAUUGCAUUAGGUUCAUCUCAAAGAUUUGGUGUUCCAAUGGGUUUUGGUGGUCCUCAUGCUGCUUUUUUUUCAGUUAUUGAAAAAUUAAAUAGAAAAAUUCCUGGUAGAAUUGUUGGUGUUUCUAAAGAUAGAUUAGGAAAUCAAGCUCUUAGAUUAGCUUUACAAACUAGAGAACAACAUAUUAAGAGAGAUAAGGCAACUUCAAAUAUUUGUACUGCUCAAGCUUUAUUAGCUAAUAUUGCAUCAAAUUAUGCAGUUUAUCAUGGUCCUGUUCAAUUGAAAAAAAUUGCUCAAAGAGUUUAUGGUUAUACUUCAAUUUUAGCUUCUUAUAUUCAACAAAAUAGUUCACAUACCAUUGAAAAUAAACAAUGGUUUGAUACUUUAACAAUUAAAUUAUCUGAUGGGGUCUCAAGUGAUGAAAUUUUAUCCAAGGCUGUUGAACAAUAUCAAAUCAAUUUAUUUAAAGUUGAUGAAUCAACUAUUUCAUUAAGUUUGGAUGAAAGUAUUACCAAAAAAGAUUUAGUUGACCUAACUGAAUUAUUUACAGGUAAAGCUAUUACAACUGAAUCAAUUUCUGAAUUCCCAGAAUUUCCAAAUAAUUUAACAAGAACUGAUAAAAUUUUAUCAAAUCCAGUUUUCAAUUUACAUCAUUCAGAAACUGCAAUGUUAAGAUAUUUACACAAUUUACAUAAUAAAGAUAUUUCAUUAGCUAAUACAAUGAUACCAUUAGGUUCAUGUACUAUGAAAUUAAAUGGUACUGUGGAAAUGUUACCAUUAUCAUGGCCAGAAUUUGGUUCAAUUCAUCCAUUUGUUCCAAAAAAUCAAGUUGAAGGUUAUAAAGAAUUAAUUGAUGUCUUGGAAAAAGAUUUAGCUAAUAUUACUGGGUUUAGUGCAACUACUUUACAACCAAAUUCAGGUGCACAAGGUGAAUUUUCAGGUUUAAGAGUUAUUAAACAAUAUCAUGAAUCAAAUGGUGAUUUUAAUCGUAAUAUUUGUUUAAUUCCAGUUUCUGCUCAUGGUACAAAUCCUGCAUCUGCAGCUAUGUCAAAUUUUAAAGUUAUUCCAAUUGAAUGUUUAGAAAAUGGUUCAUUAGAUCUUGAAGAUGUUGAAAAAAAGGUUAAACAAUAUAAAGAUAACUUAGGUGCUAUAAUGAUUACAUAUCCUUCAACUUAUGGUUUAUUUGAACCAACAGUUAAACGUGCUAUUGAAUUGGUUCAUGAAAAUGGUGGUCAAGUUUAUUUAGAUGGUGCAAAUAUGAAUGCACAAGUUGGUUUAACUUCACCAGGUGAUUUAGGUGCUGAUGUUUGUCAUUUGAAUUUACACAAGACAUUUGCAAUUCCACAUGGUGGUGGUGGUCCAGGUGUUGGUCCAAUUUGUGUUGCUGAGCAUUUAAUUCCAUUCUUACCAAAACAUUCAAUUGUGGAAAUUGAAGGUUCAACUGAACAAUCCAUUGAAUCUGUUAGUUCUGCCCCAUAUGGUUCAGCUUCAAUCUUACCAAUUUCAUAUGCUUAUAUUAAAUUAUUAGGUUCUACUGGGUUACCAUUCAGUUCUACUAUUGCAUUAUUAAAUGCUAAUUACAUGAUGACUAGAUUAAAAGAAUAUUAUGAUAUUGCAUUUGUUGGUAAAGAUGGUGUCAAACAAUGUGGUCAUGAAUUUAUCUUGGAUUUAAGAGCUUAUAAAAACAAAGGUAUUGAAGCUAUUGAUGUUGCUAAAAGAUUACAAGAUUAUGGAUUCCAUGCACCAACUUUAGCAUUCCCGGUUCCAGGUACAUUAAUGAUUGAACCAACCGAAUCUGAAAAUCUAGAAGAAUUAGAUAGAUUUGUUAAUUCAUUGAUUUCUAUCAAGAGUGAAAUUGAUGCAUUUAUUGCUGGUGAACCAUUAGGUCAAGUUUUAAAAUUUGCUCCACAUUCUUUAAGUGAUGUUGUUUCAUCAAAAGAUUGGGAAACUAGAGGAUAUACUAGAGAUCAAGCUGUUUAUCCAUUACCACAUUUAAGAGAUAAUAAAUUUUGGCCAACAGUUGCAAGAUUAGAUGAUACAUAUGGUGAUUUGAAUCUAUUAUGUACUUGUCCAUCAGUUGAAGAAAUUGCAGCUGAUCAAUAA